AUGCGAGCCAGUUUGAUCUGCUCUUAGCAUCCGAGAGACCGCGUGUGUGUGUAUGUGUGUGGAGAGCGAGGCUGGAGGGAGGAGUGUUUGAGUGCAUGAUAGCGGGAGAGAUCAGAAGAGAGAUUGUUCCAGUGCUGGAGGUGAUCCUGCGUGGACGUAACGCCUGGAUGUGUGCGGGAAAACACGCUUAUUCUCAUUUUUGUGACUGUUUGCUUUGGUUGUGCCUCUCUGGAUCCUGUUCUGCCCUGCUGACCACAUCUCUGGAGCGAAGUGGCUCUUCUGUGCUGGAAUGAGGAAGCUCAGGCUGGACAAUCAGUCUGUUUAACAUUAAGCUGUAUGCCAAUAAGCAGCAUGACUCAGCGCCAUGACAUCAACACUGCUUGCUGACACGGUGCAGCAAAGGAUGCUGGGAAACACCAAGCGUUUUUUUGGCAGCGCCGAAGACAAAGAGGGAGAGGAUGAGGAGGAUGAUGAGGAGCGAUUGAAGAGAUUGAAACAAAAUGGGAUGAUCGGUAUGGGAGACAAGGAACACCAGAACCGGGCCGGACGCAAGUCGGAUGGAUCCAAACCGGCGGCCGUUGUGAUUGGAUGGCAGAGAGGAGAUAGGCAGCCCAGGGCCGUUAACUCUGCCCAAAGAGGAAUCCCGCAUUUACUCAGUCAGCCGACUCUAUAUCAUCAGACAACCAAUCAGCCGCUGUAUCAUCCGGUCUUGACCAAUCAGCAGGCCCGGCGGCGUCUGAUGGAGCGCAGCAUGACCACAGUGACCCCUGUGGAAGACUCGCAAUUCGCCGUGAUUGUGUUCCGCAUCGGCAUCCCUGACAUCAAACAAACGAAGUGUUUGCGGUUUGAUCCCGAUUCAAGCGUUUGGAGCGCGAAGCAGCAGAUUAUUUGUUCUCUCAGCGAGUCGUUGUGGGAUGUUUACAAUUACGGCCUCUUCCAGCCAGCUGGAGACGGACGAGAUGCCAAGUUCCUGGAGGAGGAGCGCUUGCUUCGAGAGUUCGGCCAGUCCCUGGAGAAGGGAGUGCCCUACCUGGAGUUCAGAUAUAAGACGCGGGUCUACAAACAGACAAACCUGGAAGAGAAACAACUAGCGAAGCUACACACCAAGGCCAAUCUGAAGAAGUUCCUGGAUUAUGUUCAUGCCGGAGCGGUGGAGAAAUUGAGUAAAGCUCUGGAGAAGGGACUGGACCCCAACUACCACGACACUGAGAGCGGAGAGACUCCUCUGACUCUGGCGGUUCAGGGCAAUCUGAGCAUGGAAGGGAUUCGAGUUCUGGUGCUGAAUGGGGCUCAUGUGGAUUUUAGAUCCAGAGACGGACUCACACCCCUCCAUAAAGCAGUCAGCGCGCACAACCAAUCCGCACUGAUGGCGCUGCUGUCUUUGGGAGCUUCUCCAGAUUAUCCAGACCGCUGUGGACUGACGCCGCUGUACCACUCGGUGCUGACAGGGGGCGAAACGUCCUGCUGUGAAACUCUGCUGUACUACAGAGCACGGCUGGGAGUCAGAGACGAGAACGGCUGGGACGAGUCACACCAGGUGUGUCAGCACGGAUUCGCCCAACACUUAGAACACCUUCUGUUCUAUGGGGCAGACACCACUUCCCAGAAUGCAUCAGGAAACACUGCCCUCCACAUAUGUGCCCUUUACAACAAGGAGAGCUGCGCCCGAGUCCUUCUGUACCGAGGAGCCAGUAAGGAGAUAAAGAACAAACACGGUCAAACCCCCUUCCAGGUCGCUGUGAUGUCUGGCCAUUUUGAACUCGGAGAAAUCCUCAAAAAUCACAAUGAUGCAGAUGUUG